UCUUCUGCAGGCAGGCAGAGUGCCCACUCCAAGCAGGUCUUGAAAACAGCCAUGCAGCCUGCCGAGCCACAGCUAGAAGAACCUAAGGACUCCAGCGAGCCUGAUAUGGAGCCAUCUUCAGAGCCAGAGCCAGAGCCAACGUUGGACGUGCAGCCGGAACCGACUGUCACAUUCCUGUUCACACUCCUGAACACUCCUGAGCCCAAAGAUGAUGACGAUGAGACGGACACAGAGUAUGAGAGUCAGUUCGUGGAGCAGGAUGACUGGGGCCCCAGGCGGACCUCGGAAGAAAUACAGCUUUUGCAGAGGGACUGCAGGAGGCUCCAGGAAUCACUGUACGCUAGCCAAAGGGAAAACAUGGUCCUUGAAGAGAAGCUAGAAAACUUGCCUACCGUGGUGUACGAGGACCUGGAAGACAUCAUGAUCAUUCCAGACGAAUCUAAGGUCACCCAGGAAAUAGCUGAAGACUCCCAAGACAAAGGAGGGCAUCCAGGAGAAAGGAAAGGAUAUCCAGGAGGAAGCAGAGGACACUCAAAAGGAAGCAAGGGUCACCCAGCAAGAACCAGAAGACACCUUGGAGAAAGCAGAGGACACCCAGAAGGAAGUCCAACCUCGUGAGCAACGGAAGAGGUCUUCUGGCCUGCGCUACUCCUUUGACACUCCCAUACCUUUGCCAGCAACCACCGUAUUCCCAGAAGAUUCAACAGGAAUGCGCCACCAGUCAGCCCGCCCCUCUUUAAGCCCCAGCAAUAAAGAUCACCACUGAGUUGCAUGG